AUGACACUUAAAGAAAUUGAGCAUGAAUAUGAACAAGGUUCAGUUUGGGAUGCUGAACAUGAUGAAAUCUCAGGUGAAGAAAUUAUCUUAGGAGCAAACCAAGGGGAGCAUCUGCUUAUGUUACGAAGAGUCCUCCAAGCUAAAGAAGCACCUAAAGAGAAAAGCCAAAGAGGACAAAUCUUUUACACAAGGUGCAUCGUCAAAGGAAAGGUAACUCAACAAACCCUUAUUCCUCUUUCAAUUGGGAAUGCAUAUCAUGACCAAAUCUUGUGUGAUGUGAUCCCUCUGGAUGCAUGUCAUAUUUUGUUGGGACGUCCUUGGCAAUUUGAUAAACAUGUUCAUGAUGGUCAUAAAAAUACUUAUUCUCUUGUUGACAAUCAAAAGAAAAUCACAUUUACACCUUUAGCACCAAAUGAAAUUCAUGUGAAUUUAUAUGGGGAGGGAAACACACGUGAGAAAAAUUCCUAUAUGAGUGAAACAGAGGUUGAGCGUUCAUUACUUCAAAACAAACCUAUUUUUGCCCUUCUUGUUGUCGAAACAUCCAUGAAUACAGUUGAGGCCCCUUUACAUCCUUUGGUGCAACAUUUGAUUGAGAAAUUUCAAGAUGUGUUUCCAAAUAACUUGCCCUCUGGUUUGCCACCAAUCAGGGGAAUAGAACAUCAAAUUGACCUUAUACCUAGCGCUCCAUUACUAAAUAGGGCUGCCUAUAGGUGUAAUUCUGAAGAAACAAAAGAACUAUAA